UAUAGGCGGCGAGCUGGCCUGUGACCGGAGCCUUUCUUCAGUAAUACCCAACUGAAACAGGGCUAGCCCGAGAGCAAGAUGGACCGUGAGUUGAACGACGCCGAUUCGGCGGAGCGAUGGCACAACCUAUACAUCGAAAUCCGUAACCAGUCACAUGAAUGUUCGUACAGAGUGGCGAAAUACCCAGAGAAUCGUAAUCUGAAUAGAUACAGAGACGUCAGUCCAUACGAUCACAGUCGAGUUAAACUAAAAAAUUCGGAAAAUGACUAUAUCAACGCAAGUUUAAUUGUAAUGGAUGAAGCCCAAAGAAGCUACAUCUUAACUCAGGGACCUUUGAGAAACACAUGUGGUCAUUUUUGGUUAAUGAUCUGGGAACAGGGGACAAAGGCUGUAAUCAUGCUAAACAGAAUCAUGGAGAAAGGAUCCGAAAAGUGUGCACAGUAUUGGCCGUCAUCGCAGGAGUGUGAGAUGUCUUUUCAGGACACAAAUUUUACUGUGAAGCUGAUUUCAGAGGAUGUCAAGUCCUACUACACAAUACGAGUGCUGGAGCUGCAGAACAUGGCCACUGGAGAGUCCAGAGAAAUCUACCAUUUUCAUUACACCACGUGGCCAGACUUCGGGGUCCCUGAGUCUCCGGCCUCCUUCCUGAACUUCCUGUUCAAGGUCCGGGAAUCGGGCUCCCUGGAGACGGAAUAUGGGCCAUCCGUCGUGCACUGCAGCGCCGGGAUUGGCCGCUCAGGGACGUUCUCGCUGGUGGACACCUGUCUCGUUCUGAUGGAGAAGAGGAAAGACCCGUCCACAGUGGACAUCCAGAAGAUCCUUCUGGAUAUGAGGCGGUACCGUAUGGGCUUGAUCCAGACCCCUGACCAGCUGCGCUUCUCCUACAUGGCUGUGAAGGAGGGUUCCCAGUACAUCACGGAGGACAGGUCUGUGCAGGUAUCUGUGCAGCAACAGUGGCAGGAGCUUUCCAAGGAGGACGGGGAGCCGGAGCCAGAGUCCCCCCAGCUGCCCCCGCCGUGUCCUGUCAGCAGAACCAAUGGCAGCCAGGAGGCACCCUCAGGGCCCGCGGGACGUCCCGAGGAGUGGCCGACGGGGAAGGAUGCACCACAGCCAGGGAGCGCGAGGAGCCUGCGGCAGAGGCACCGGGAGGAGCGUCGAGCCGGCACGACGGAGCGCGUGCAGCAGAUCAAGCAGCGGCUCAGCGACACCGAGCAGCGGAGGAAAAGGUGGUUGUACUGGAAACCUGUGGUUCUGGCAGCGGGGGCAGGUGUGGCUCUGGCGGUCGGACUCUAUGCUGUCUGGGGGCUCCUCUCCCAGUGAGGCGCCCCAGGGGGGUGCAUCCUGCUCCCUCUUGUUAGAGGGACGGGGCUUUUUUAUUGUUAAUUUUAUUGUAACCCCUCCUUACACACACACACACACACACACACACACACAGUGACGAGGGAAGAGCUUUCAGGCGCUGGCAUACAAGGUCACAUGAUCUACGCCCAUCAAACACAGAAGACCGUGGAAUGGGCUCCUCAGGACCUUGUAUAGGAGCAGAUGUGCUCGUAUGCUGUAGGACGCGGCGCCCCGAGGCUCUGCUUAGCGCCGGAGUGAAGCCUCCUUUCUCUUUGUCUUUUCGUAGCUGUGCGAUUUCUCUUAUGCUUCUGAGGAAGAUCUUCGAAUUGUACUUCAUUGUAAGAGUUAAUUCCACUCUCAGCAGCUAAAAUGGAGAAAGUUUUUUUUUUUUUUUUCCUUUUCUAAAUUCCUCUGCCUCUGUUUAUUGUUUCAAAAUGACAGCAGUGCAGCUCGCAAUUAGACGAACAAAUUCAGGUGCUGGUAAGAAACCCCAUGUGGAGCAUUUUACACAAAACAUCUGAAUGUGACCAGGACCGGUGAAUGUAGCGUUUCAUUUGGAGACGUCUGAGCAAAGAUAUGUUGGCAUACCACAGGUGGACUUCAUGCCCGCGUCCAAGUUCACUUUACUGGAAGCAUAAGUUACGGGUUGACGGGCGUGUUCUUCUGGCACAUCACUGGUCUGUCAUGACAGAAUUUGGCCGGUCGCCUUAGUGACGUCCGUUCGGGGGGGGGGGGUAAACAUUCUUAUGGCCAGAUGAGGUUAAUUUAUCAUUCAUCUUUUUGGGAAACCAAAUAAAAACAUGUGCGGAAGACUUAAAUGUUAAAUUCAUUGGAUGAGGACCUCAUAAGGACCUCAUCCACAGGUUUCUCCCACAUGAUGUUCCGGAACAUUUCCUUGCUUUUCUCAGAGGUGUCAAAUACUGGGAGUGAUGUGAGUGCUUUCAAACGUGACAUUUUUUACAGAUGAAACUUUUUGGUCUGGUUGUUAACCAGUUUUGUUUGUUGACUCCACUGGUAGCUUUUUUCACCACAGUUACCAGCACAAACUUGGGGUAUUUAUUUGUUUGUAAAUAAUAUUUGCAUAUGGUGUUACAUGCUCUGUUUACAAAAUGUAUAUACAGAUGGAGACAAAUAAAAGAAUUGGGAUCCAUGAAAGGAUAGUGACUGGGCUAAGGAGGCAGUGAUUGGCGGUGUGGGAUAAUCCCUCCCCAGUGCAGCUUUCAGAACAUAUGGCAACUUGAGUCUCGAUCAGUGACUAGCUGUGUUAUCAUCACUGUCAUUAUUAUGGGAUUAACUAGACAGCACUGUUACUAAGAUUCCAGGUUUGGUUAGAGCGGCCCAUUGGGAAUCAAGGGGAAGGAAUCACCCAGAGACGAUUUCUUUGUCCACAUUUAGUCUGUAGUUAAUAAGGUGAUUUCUGGCUUUUAACUUUUUCGUUUUAUUGCAGGUAUUUAUGAGUAUAAUACCUUUUUUAAUGGGCUGAUCAGGAAACCCUUUAUAAACACGUGCCUUUAAAGCAAUUCACAAACUUUUCAUUUUUAAGCAGGAAAUGCCAAGGUCGUAGGUAUGUUUAUUGUCUGGUCAUUCUCUAUUUGGUGCGCAUCAGUGUUUUUUCAUGUUGAAGCCUGUUAGCUCUCACUUUAUUAUGGGCAAAAAGGCUUUCGUUGGUCAGAUCAGUUACAGGAGGGGGCUGGAGUUUGAUUUAAGGGCAGCAUAAAAAUGUACUGAUUCAGCAGUCUGCUGUAUUUGAGAGAUUGUUGGCAGUCUGGCACACAGACUUGGAGAGGUAAAACUGGAGUUGUGAAUGUGUAGCAGAGCACCAGGAGGCGCUGUUCUUCCUGUCCUUAGAUCAGCUGACCAGCUUGACCAAUCGGCUCACUUCAUCGCUGUUACGUGCUGUUUAAAGCCCAUAAGAGCCCCAGAUCUCGAAAUGGACCACCAUUUUUUUUCUAAAUAAGAUUCGGAAACUGUCAAACUGCACAUACACAUUUUUUAUAUCUUCUAUUUUGUUUUUGGCAGAAUGGCAUUUUUCUUCAGCAUCACUGUCAUGUUUUGAAACCUCACGCUUUCCCACGGGUGGUGUUUGUGGGAUUUCAAAACCGGCUUCUUGAGCCUUAUGUGGCAGGGGUGCGAUAGGUGACAUCAGACGGGCUGCAGUCCUGCUCUGCAGUCCUGCUCUGCAGUCCUGCUCUGCAGUUUGUUUGGCAUGGCUGGGCGCUUCUUGUCAUGACUUGAACGGAGGUGGUUUCUAUGGUUUGCUCGGAGCACGUGGGCGUCCUGCCGGGGCUCUACUUAGAGAGUGAAGUGAAGCGUCAUGGGACGUUUUUGUACUUUUCCUAAAAUCUCCUCUUCAACCCGCUCUCAGAAUCAUUGUGAGGACUGCUUCCCACUUUAAAGAAUCCCAAUAAGUCCAGCUUGUGAUUUCCAUUCUGUGUUCAUUCUCCUGGCUCCCAUAUUCAGUCACUGUUCAGUCACAGUUCUCCGCUCUGACAGCAUGGAUGUAGACGUCAGAACUUUUUCAAGCAGGUUUUGUGUAAAUGGUCCUACAGUGCUGGGUCUUCAAGAUGAAAGCACAGCAGUGGUGUGGCAUCAGUGUGUAGAACCUUUAUGCUUGAGAUGUUGGUCCCGCUCUUCUGACAUUUGUGACCUGAACAAAGAGUUGGUGUUGGCCCUGCCCCCUCUUCUCUGUCAGGUGAAGCCAAGGCAGCUGCUGUCACAUAGUUGAGCCUGAGUGAAGCAAUCCGAUUCCCCCCCAUCAGGAAGUGUGAUUACUACUCGAUAUGUUUGGGGACCAGACUUUGAGGCCGUGCUAAUGGUUCCUGCUGACCCUGCUUGCCUAAUGACUGGGACUGUUGUGAAGCUGAGUCUCUGUCCCCUUCUGUGACGUAGACCGGGCACUUUAAGAAACUUGUACUGUAUGUAACGGUCCUGACUUGUCAUACUGACAGCCUGACAGAUACUGAACCUGAACCCUUUUCCACCCUUUGCUGAAGAGAUACACGACCAAAGUAUUUUGCGUACUGUAAUUACAUGGUGUUCCAGGUCGGGCUGCAUGCCGCAGGCCCCGUUGGCGCAUCCAUGCGGACUGUCAGCGUGCAGCAGCGGUUGCUCUUGCCAAAGCCAUUAAAGAAUAACACGUGGCAGUGUGUGCAUGUGUGUUUGGUCGCCUGGCUCCUUGGCCGCUGCCCUGGGCCUGGAUGUCCUCCGCCAAGGGGGAUGAACGCCACGCUUCCUGCGUGUGCGCGUGCUGCAGCCUGGAUGAUCGGCCCCCCGUUGUUAAAUCGGCUUGUACCCCACCCCCCUACUCCCAUUUACAGUUUUGUAAGCCUCGUUUCGUAUUUAAUAAACAUGUCAGAAUUAACA